GAGCAUCGGCGCGACCAUGACGUCGAGCAUCGGCAAAUACGCCUCGAGUUACGAGGAGGCGGUCUUCAAGGGCCAUCCCGACAAGGUGGUGCGCUCGGACGUCCGUCCUGCGGACUACAUCAGCUCUUCGCGCCUCGGCUCCUUUUGGGCGACGCGUGCGGAAGAGCUGCUCAUCCUUUUGUUUCUGGCGCUUGUGAUCGGGUACUGCACCGGCUUCUACGUGGUCGGGUGGACCGCGCUGCUCCCGGUGAGGCUGGUGAUGAGCUAUGGUUGGGAUCUGCUCCUCGCCAGUGCGAUGCUGCUCCGACUGCACGGCCGCCUCUUCGCGCCGCGCCUGCCCGGGAAAAAGGCGGUCGCAGCCAUGCCGGCCGCGGAGCAGGAGGAGGCCAAGGCGAGGCGGAAGGCGGCGGCGCGCGCCUACUCCUCGAGGCGCAACGGCGCGCUCCUCGCGUGCGCGCUCGCCGCCGCGGCCCGUUGGCACUACGGCUGGGGGGACGUCCGCUCCUACUUGGGCGCGUCUUCCUGAUGGCGUGCGCGCGAGCUGGCGAGUGCGUGGUAAUGCGUGGGAGCCCCUCCCGGGCAGUGAGAGGAGUGCUCUGAAAGGGCCCCCACUCUCGUCUCGCCGAUCGGUCUCGGCCGCGGCUCUCCCUCCGCGACCGUGAAGAGGCCAGUCCGGGCUUUUGUGCCGCAUAACACUGGGCUCUUGGUUGGCUCCAGUGAAAAUACAUCAGGUGUGUGUA